CUCAAUACGCCAAAAUCCAAACCAAAACAACAUAAUUUGAAUUGAUUUGAAUCUUAAAGAUUCUUGAAUCGGUUUAAAGACAGUUUUGAAUAUUUAUUAUUACAGUUAAAAUUCCAAGGGCUAGUGUUGUUAUCUACCCUUCCUUUAUUUCACCAUAUUUACUCAAAAAGAACUCUUUAUGAGAAACUCGUCUGCAAAUUAGUAAACAUCUAGAUUGGCAAAAACUUAAGUAAAAAAUGGAACCAAGAAUCUACUGUGGAGCAUCUAGUCGUCAUAUUCAUUGCGAAAAUUAUAAUUUUAAAGUUGGAGAAGCACUUAAAAUAUUUGGAGAUGAGAAUCCUAAUGAAAUGACUACUUGGUUGGAUUUAAGAAAAUGUACAGGAACUAUUGAUUCAACAUCAUUAUCACUGUUACCUGCCAUGAGUUAUUUAAACAUUACAGAAAGCAUUAUAGAAAUAUUACCAAAGGCAUUCGAAUCCUUACCAAAAUUGAAGUCUAUAGAUUUCAGAAACACAAAAACUUCAAUAAAUAAAGAAAUAUUUGAAGGUUCCAAAAUAAAACAAUUGUAUUUAGAGAACCUCUCAAUACCAGAUGAUUGUUUUUAUCAUUUGAAAAGUUUAGACAAUUUGACUUUUGAGAAUUGCAAGUUAAAAAAAUUUGAUGCAAGUACACUUUCUAAUUUAGAAUAUUUAUCUUUUCAAAAAUGUCAAAUUGAAGUACUAGAUGAUUUUCACUCAUGUAUUCAGAAGCUAGAAAAUCUAUUUAUUAUGGAAAAUAAAAUUGGGGAAAUAAAUUUUAAAGCUAUAUUAAAAUUGAUAAAUUUAAAAUGGCUUGCUCGUUUUGGAAAUGAAACUACAUCAGCUAUAAACUAUGAAGAAUUUCAAAAAUUGCCUAAACUCGAAACUAUUCUCUUUGAAAACUCUGUGUAUAAGAAUAUCAACUUUUCCUCUUUUCCAAACUUGAAACAAGUCCAAAUUGGUUCUUAUACAGAUAUACCAACUGAUGAGGAUAAUGAACUUAUGGAAAAACUGAAGAAUCUCAAUCUAGUAUUUCAGUUGCAAUAUUGUGGACCACCUAAGAAAAUUGACUUAACUAAAGUCAUGAUUUGUGCUUAAAAAACCGAUUGGGAUUUAUGUUUUUUAAUUGUUGUUAAAAUAUUUAACUAAAACUAACUAAACUGUUAAGAAAGUCCAGUUGGACCCAGAUUUUUACUAUAACUAUUAAUAUCUUGAAUUAUUAAAAUAAAAAAUGAG